GAGGUGCCCACAGGGUGUGUGGCAUGCAUCCACCGUGCAUGAGAUCGCCGAGGUGUUUGGAUAACUGCGAUGCGUGGGGUGGUGGCCACGGUCCAUGGGAUGGUCACAGGGUGCGUGGGGGGCUCGUAGUGCCCACGGUGUGUAGGGUACCCAUCAUGAGGAGCGUGUCUGUGGUGCACGGGGUACCCAGAUCAUAGCUCCCCUGCUCCCUCACAGGGCUCCUGGCUGUGCCACAUUGCUCCAUCCAUGCCCACAGCACAGCACAGAGCCUGGCACAGUGCUCAGCAGCCAAACAUCCAGGCUGGGCAGCAUCCUGCCUCUGCUGCUCACUGCACAUCCCCAGCUCUGUUUGCUGCCCAUGCCCCCCCGCCCUGCCCACAAUGCGCUCAGCACCCCGCUUGGGUGGGCAGCUGCGGGGGCUCCAUCGCCGUCCUGCCUCCUCCUCGCCUUGCCGCUGGUCCCAGGCUCCCUGCGCCCCUGCACUCAGCCGUGAUGGAUAGACACGCAGCUCGGCAAUCGCUGUACUCAUUUCACGUGUGAUUAAAAAGCCGGUCCCGCAGCGCAGUUCACCCGGCGCGUCUGCCGGGCGGGAGGCAGCCGCGACGCUGUGCAGCAGCAAACAUGGCAUUUCAUAAAUAAAUUGGGUUUAUUUACCCGGAGCCCACAUGCCAGCACGGGCAGCGCAGUGUGGGCACCCGGGGUGCCCGAGCAGCAGGCACAGCGGUGGGUGAUGCGGCAGGGACGGCACCGCAGCACCGGGCACCGCAGCACCGGGCACCGCAGCACCGGGCACCGCAGCGCCUGUCCGUGCCGUGACCCCCGGGCCGGCCUCAGGCUGCGGCUGGGGGGGGUCGUUAAACCGGUGAAAUAUGAAAUGCCUGUAUAUCCCCGACAGGAGUUUUAAUUAAAUUAAUUGCCAGUGACAUUGUAAAAGUGCUGAUGGGGUAAUAACCGGCGCGUUAUGGUCGCCGUUUAUCUUCCCCGCGUAAAUUAGCUGCCGCACCUUGCCCGUCCCGGCGGGCAUCGCGGCGGGCUCGUCCGCACCCGCUGCCCGGCUCCGAGGGGCCUGAGCCGGCCGGGGGGAGCGGCAGGGCCUGGAGCCUCCCUGGGGGCUCAGGCAGGGCCCAAGGGACCCCCGUGUCGCUCCCGUUCCCGUCACACAGGCGGCCGUGCCGGGCGGGAGCCAGCCGGGGUGGGCACAGGCAGUGGGGUCCCACGGGCACAUGGGGAGUGGCUGGCGGUUGCCAAACGAAGGUACUUAAUUACUGCGCAUUCCAUCCCAUUUAAUUGCUUAUUAAAUCCUAACCAGCCAAUUAGCAGCAGCAAUUACAGCUUCAUUCAGUGACACAAUCGCUAUUUUAUCGUUUGUUAAUCAAAUGCUUAUUUAGGGCCCUGGUUUAUUAACUCUUUCCACAGCAGGCACCGGCGGGGUGGGGGGAGUAGAGACACCUGGCCUUGUCUGGGUUGGGGGCUGUGGAUAUCAUGGGAGUGUGCCAUGUGUCGUGUCCCCAGCACUGCUGUCCCCAUGGGGGCACGUGUGUCCAGCACUGAGCCAUCCUCACCGCCCUGGGGACAGCCAGCCCCCAUGUGCUGUGUGAGUGUCAGGGCCACAGGACGGGGCACACUGCUGUGCCAGCCUGCUGUGUCACCACCACUUGCCCAGCAUCCCUGUGCCACUCUGGGGUGCAGCAGGGCAGGAUGUGGCCGGUUGGUGUCUCUCAGUGUGCUGGAGAAGGGGGUGGCAGGCGCCCCGGAGGCGUGAGCGAUGGCCCUUGUUGGUCACACUACAUUUCCUUUUCAUUAGUGCUAAGUGUGGACAUGAGGGAUCGGCAAGGGUUCAGCGGGCACAGCCACUGCGUGGCUGCUUUGCCUGAUGGAUGGCAGGGUGGGACAGGGCUGCCGCACUGCUGGUGGAAGGGACACUGGGGAGGCACAGGGCCACUGGCACGUGGCUGUGCCAGCGUGGGUGAUGUCCCAGCCAGGGCACGUGGAGGUGGCCGAGCCCCAUCUCCCCACAGGUGCUCAGCAAAGCGCGACCGUGGCCAACCCGGCGUCUGGCGCAUCCUCGGACCUGCUGCCACACUUCCAGCUGGAGCCGGAGGAUGUCUACAUUGUGAAGAACAAGGCAGUGAGCCUGGCCUGCCGUGCCACCCCUGCCACGCAGAUCUACUUCAAGUGCAAUGGCGAGUGGGUGCACCAAGGUGACCACGUUACGCAGCACAGCACCGACCGCAGCACCGGGCUGCCAGUGAUGGAAGUGCGCAUCGAGGUCACCCGUCAACAAGUGGAGAAGAUCUUUGGGCUGGAGGAGUACUGGUGCCAGUGCGUGGCCUGGAGCUCCUCCGGCACCACCAAGAGCCAGAAGGCCUUUGUGCGCAUCGCCUAUCUGCGCAAGAACUUCGAGCAGGAGCCGACAGCCAGGGAGGUCUCCAUUGAGCAGGGCAUCGUGCUGCCAUGCCGCCCUCCCGAGGGCAUCCCCCCGGCCGAGGUGGAGUGGCUCCGCAACGAGGAGCUGGUGGACCCAGAACUGGAUGCCAACGUCUAUGUGACACCAGAGCACAGCCUGGUGCUGCGUCAGGCCCGCCUGGCCGACACCGCCAACUACACCUGCGUGGCCAAAAACAUCGUGGCCCGUCGCCGCAGCGCCUCCGCUGCCAUCACUGUCUACGUGAACGGCGGCUGGUCGACGUGGACGCAGUGGUCAGGCUGCAGCACCAGCUGUGGACGGGGCUGGCAGAAGCGGAGCCGGACGUGCACCAACCCCACACCCCUCAAUGGGGGUGCUUUCUGUGAGGGCCAAAACGUGCAGAAAACCGCCUGCACCACCCUCUGCCCAGUGGACGGCGCCUGGUCGGAGUGGAGCAAAUGGUCGGAGUGUGGGGCCGAAUGCACCCACUGGCGCAGCCGCGAGUGCUCGGAGCCAGCACCGCGCAACGGAGGCCAGGAUUGUCAUGGCCCCGAGCUGGACACCCGUAACUGCACCUCUGAGCUCUGCACUCACGCUGCCCCCGGCGCAGAGGACGUAGCGCUGUACGUGGGGCUGGUGGCCGUGGCCGUGUGCCUGGUGCUGCUGCUGCUGGUGGGGGUGCUGGUGUACUGCCGCAAGAAGGGGGGCCUGGACGCUGAUGUGGCUGAUUCCUCCAUCCUCACCGCCGGCUUCCAGCCCGUCAGCAUCAAACCCAGCAAGGCUGACAACCCCAGCCUGCUCACCAUCCAGCCAGACCUCAGCACCACCACCAUGACCUACCAGGGCUCGCUCUGCCCACGCCAGGACGGCCCUGCCAAGCUCCAGCUGCCCAACGGGCACCUGCUGAGCCCGCUGGGUGCUGGACGGCACACGCUGCACCACAGCUCGCCCGCCGCCGAGGGUGCUGACUUCGUGGCGCGGCUCUCCACGCAGAGCUACUUCCGCUCCCUGCCCCGCGGCACCAACAACAUGGCCUAUGGCACCUUCAACUUCCUGGGGGGCAGGCUCAUGAUCCCCAACACAGGGAUCAGCCUGCUCAUCCCACCCGAUGCCAUCCCACGGGGGAAGAUCUAUGAGGUCUACCUGACCCUGCACAAGCAGGAGGAGGUGAGGCUGCCCCUGGCUGGCUGCCAGACGCUGCUGAGCCCCAUUGUCAGCUGUGGCCCCCCCGGGGUCCUCCUCACCCGCCCCGCCAUCCUGGCCAUGGGGCACUGCGUGGAAGCCAGUGCUGAGAACUGGAGCAUCCGGCUGAAGAAGCAGUCGUGCGAGGGCACGUGGGAGGACGUGCUGCAGCUGGGCGCUGAGCCGUGCACAGAGCUGUACUACUGCCAGCUGGAAGCGCAGGCUUGCUACGUGUUCACGGAGCAGCUGGGGCGCUUUGCCCUGGUCGGGGAGUCCCUCAGCAUGGCGGCCUCCAAGCGCCUCAAGCUGGUCCUGUUCGCGCCGGCCGCCUGCCCCUCGCUCGAGUACAACAUCCGUGUCUACUGCCUCAGUGACACCCAGGACGUCCUCAAGGAGGUGAUCCAGCUGGAGAAGCAGCUGGGAGGGCAGCUGAUCGGAGCCCCCCGGGUGCUGCACUUCAAGGACAGCUACCACAACCUGCGCCUCUCCAUCCACGAUAUGCCCAGCUCCCUCUGGAAGAGCAAGCUCCUCGCCAGCUACCAGGAGAUCCCCUUCUACCACAUCUGGAGCGGGCUGCAGCCCUUCCUGCACUGCACCUUCACCCUGGAGCGCCUGAGCACCAGCACUUGUGAGCUGGCCUGCAAGAUCUGGGUCUGGCAGGUGGAGGGAGACGGGCAGAGCUUCACCGUCAACUUCAACAUCGCCAAGGACACAAGGUUUUCAGACUGGCUGGUCCCUGACGAGGUGGGCACGCCGGCUCUGGUGGGCCCCAGUGCCUUCAAGAUCCCCUUCCUCAUCCGCCAAAAGAUCAUCAGCAGCCUGGACCCGCCGGGCACACGGGGAGCUGACUGGAGGACACUGGCACAAAAGCUCAACCUUGACAGCCAUCUCAGCUUCUUCGCCUCGAAGGCCAGCCCUACAGCCAUGAUCCUCAACUUGUGGGAAGCACGGCACUUCCCCAAUGGCAACCUCUCCCAGCUGGCUGCCGCCGUGGCCGAGGUCGGCAAGCAGGACGGUGCCCUCUUCUCGGAGGCUGAGUGCUGAGCAUGGUGGGUCCCAGGGGACCACCACUAUGGGGCUAAGGGAGGGCCCUGGCUGGCCCACCAGGCUCCUACUGCCCCACAGCGCACGAGGAGGGCUACCUGGCCCCCUUGGGAGGGCAGGAUGCCCCUGCCCCGUGGCAGUCAGGCCCCUCCAGCACUGUGGCAUCGGGACUCAGCCCAGCCCUGGGGUCCCAGAGCCCCAUGGUGGGGGACUGGGGGGGCACAGGGUGUGCGUCGUGCGUGCGGUGCCGUCGUGGUGUCUGCGUGUGGGGCCAGGCGGCCCCGGGCCCCGUGCCGUGUUGUGUAAAGCCCGUUUUUUUAAUUCUGUAUUAAGUGCAUUCAAGUAUUUACACUUGGCCUUAUGUACAUAGCGGUGCCGCGGGCGGGGGGUCUGCCGGACAUGAAUGUAAAUAAAUUCGAUAUAUAUUGCUA